UUACAGCUGAGAUCAUCAGUUCGUCAGAAAUACGUAUUGCACAUUCAAUAAUAUUACAAUUUGCACAAAUUGUAUUAUUUAAACGUAGUUUCUAGUUCGAUCUUCAUAUUUGGAUAUUAAUAAAAACCUGAAUGUAAUAGAAAUGGACAACUCCUUAAAACUAAUCACAUUUGACGUUACCGGAACCCUGAUCCAAUUCAAGGGCGAUCUGGCGCAAGACCUUGUCGAAAUUGGGGAGAAAUAUGGCAUCGCCACGGUGACCCUUGACCAAGUGGGGGAAGCGACUAAAAUCCAGUGGAAAUUGCAAAGCGAGUCAGACCCACAUUUUGGAACGUGCUGGAAAUCUUGGUGGACAGAAUUUGUAAUUGGAACGUUUGAGCGAAUUUUAUCAGACAAUGAACCAGCAAAAAUAAAUUUGCAUAAAAUAGCGGAGGACUUUAUGACAAGAUUUUGUGUCGGAGAAAGAUGCACCCUACUUCCACACGUUGUGGAAACGUUACAUGAAAUCAAGACCCACUUUCCAACCAUUGUACUCGGCGUGAUUACGAACUUUGACUCCCGUUCUCACCGAAUUCUUCACGACACCGGAAUCCGACCUUAUUUUGAUUUUGUGCUGGUCUCGCACGAGGCACAAAUUUCGAAACCCGACCCAAGCAUAUUUUCACUCGCUUUGACAUCUGCAUCCCAGCUUGGCAAAAAUGGAGAGAUUCUCCCUCAGAACGCGGUACAUAUUGGUGACAAUUAUCGGCUGGAUUGCCUCAGUGCAGCAGAUUCGGGGUGGAGGUCGAUUUACGUUGGAGGACAUAAAACCAGCAGCGAUUUAGAAGAAAGAGAUGGAAUUUAUUGUACUGAAGGAAUGCAAAAUGUCACAAUUAUGUUAAAAGAACAGUUCAAAACUAUAAAUAUAAGUUCCUGAAAGUUUAAUAGUUUGUUAAAUAGCAGGAUUUGCAAUUAUUUCGAAAUGCAUGCAUGUCUCGAACUUUAGAAAUUUUUUUGAAAUAUAGAAAGUUGUAACGAAAUAGAUAAGGUGAUAACUAAAUAAGAUAUACUUCAAAUAAAUUUUAAAUUGUGUGUUAAAUAAAUUUGCUUUCGGUUAAAAAAUAUUAAA